UGAUUUUCGAUGAGAUCGACCUGACGGACCUGAGCUUCGCCGAGUGCAGCAUCAAGAACGCGAACCACAGUUUCCAGGUGAUAACCCCAUUCCGGCGGUUGGUGCUGUGUGCAGAAUCGCGGAAGGAGAUGGAGGAGUGGAUAUCGGCGCUGAAAGCUUCCAGCAGUCGCGAGUACUACGAGAGUGGAGAGAAUCAUGACUUUCUCUCAGGGCAGCACCGUUGGUAUGCAACAUCCCAUGCUCGUCCCACUUAUUGCAAUGUCUGCAGAGAAGCUUUGUCGGGCGUCAUGUCGCAUGGUCUCAGCUGUGAGGUGUGUAAAUUCAAAGUUCAUAAAAGAUGUGCAGUCAAGGCCAUCAGUAACUGCAAGUGGACCACUCUCUCCAGUGUUGGGAAGGACAUUAUCGAAGAUAUGGAUGGAAAUCUCACAAUGCCACACCAGUGGAUGGAAGGAAAUCUGCCCGUUUCAGCAAAAUGUGCAGUUUGUGAACGAACAUGUGGUUCAGUAUUAAGAUUGCAAGACUGGCGCUGCUUGUGGUGUCAUACGACUGUCCACACGGCCUGCAGACCUUUGCUACCAGUUCACUGCCUACUGGGACCGAGUCGCCUCAGUGUUGUACCACCAACUGCCUUACAUAACGCUGCGGGGAGUGAUGAAGUUUGGGAUGCUGUAAGGCCCCAAGGCUGUUCACCACUACUCGUCUUUGUCAAUUCUAAAUCAGGGGAUAAUCAAGGAGUGAAAUUCUUGCGCCGCUUCAAACAACUGCUGAAUCCUGCCCAGGUGUUUGAUCUCAUUCAUGGAGGUCCUCGUCUUGGACUGCGUCUCUUUCGCCAUUUUGAACCAUUCAGAAUCCUGGUGUGCAGUGGUGAUGGUUCAGUGGGCUGGGUGCUGUCAGAGAUUGACCGUCUUGAUAUGCAUAAGCAAUGCCAGGUAGGAGUAUUGCCACUGGGCACUGGCAAUGAUCUUGCCAGAGUGCUGGGAUGGGGCAGCUCUUGUGAUGAUGACAGCAAUCUGCCUCAACUUCUGGAGCGAUAUGAGAAGGCCAGCACAAAAAUGCUUGACAGGUGGAGCAUCAUGACUUUUGAAAGGAGUAUAACUAUUGCACGAAAACUGUCCCAGACUGAUCCAGCAUUCUCUAUGGCUGCCUAUGAGGAUUCAGUAGUAAAUCAUCUGACAAAAAUUCUCCAGUCAGAUGAACAUUCGGAAGUUAUCUCAUCUGCAAAGAUCUUGUGUGAGACUGUGAAGGAUUUUACAAUGCGAGCAGCUGAAAUCAGUUUAGGUCAAGGUGAUGAUCAGUUUGGUGGAAAAUGCAAAGUUCUUAAUGAGAAGCUUGAUUUGCUAUUGGCUACACUACAUGAUGAAGAGAAGAUUGCAAAGCCUGAGCCAACUGUGACUGGAAUAUUGCCUGAAGGAGAAGAAAAGGGUAUUGUGGAACAACCUGAGAAAGAAACUCCUCAGCCAAAAAGGUUGCAGUUUGCCCAAAAAGAGGCAUUAAUGUCAAGGGCAAAUAGCCUUAAGAAAGCAGUAAGGCAGUUAGUGGAACAUACGGAACAAGCUGUUGAUGAGCAAAAUAGUCAGCAACAGCAACAGCAGCAGCAGCAGCAGCGCAAGAGGUCGCAUGACCUUCGGCCAAUGGACUCGCUAAAGGUACUCUCUUCAAUUGACUCAGCAUCCAGCACUGAACCAAGCCCAUGCCCAUCACCACUUCUCACAGAACGCCUGACAUCUAUUUCACCUUUGCCAGACUUGAGAAGAGAUUCAGCAUAUGAUGAAAUGCUUACACUGCCUGCCCCUGAUGAGUUUGCUGAUGCGGAAGCAAGAAGACGCAGCCUUGAACCACCAGCAGACACGUCUCGCGUUCCAUCCAGCAGUCCCAGCCCUGUUGAGAUAUUCCUUACAGUGCCUUCUGAUGAUGACAACAGCAGUAGGAGAUCUUCAGUGAGUGAUAAAGAAGCUAAGGAUAUUGGAAAUCUUAUUGUCAAAGACGCAAGAAAAUCUUACAGUUCAGAAACAAGUGAAUCAGGAGUGAGUGUUAUCAGUCCAGAUGCUUCUCCCAAGAGUGAUUUGGAGGUGAAAAGUGCUUUUGCUGAAGCUACAGUUCAAGUUCAUGUUCCAGCAGGAGCGGAUUUGAUAGACAGUAAGCCACAAGAAAACCAGGAUUAUCUUCUUAGUCCAGAAGAAAGAGAAAUGCGGGAGCGUGAUGUUGCCAGAAGAAUAUCUGUUGUGUGCCUUGAAGAUUUAGGUCACAUAGAUUCACCAGAGACUACAGAAAUGGAACCCAAUAGUGAACAAAUUGCAGAUGAUACUUUGGAGGAUGACACUCUGGUAAUAAAGCAUGAUGACCUUGAUCUUGUGGUAAGGCACCAUUUAACAGAUACAUUAAUGGAAGGUGAAGAUUUAUCUGAGAUAAGUUUACGAAGUGAACUUGUAGCAGCAGGUUUUGAUGUGUAUAGUGGUGGAAUAGUGUCUUCUCCUGAGGAUGAGACAGAACCGUUAGUGAAAGAUGAAAUUCCUUUGGAUGAAGAAAGCACAAACACUGCCAAAAUUGUAAGGGGCUGCAGUUUGGCCCAUUUUUCUGAAGGCAACGAUAUUGCUAGACGAUCUUUUUAUAAACAAAUAAAGCCUGUACGUAAAACUGCGACUGACAAAUCAGCUAUUCAACAAAGUGAGGCCUUAGCAGAACAUGAAAGUGAAAAUUUAGAUGUUGUUAAAAUUCAGAUUCAGGGCUCUAACAAUAACCUUAGUGGAGAACUAGCACCACCUACUAGUGAGGUAGAACAUAGACCAAGUCUCACACCAUCUGAAGUUGAUGAAGAGUUGCUUCAGUAUCAUAUAAUGGGUCAGAAGGCAGCUGGCUUAAUUAGCCCAGAUGAAGGUCCUGGUGAGCGACCAAGUGUAAGCCCUAAUAUUUUCCCCCCAGUGAUUAGUGUAAUUGUUGACCCACCGUCUCCUGCACAUUCUGAUGACAGAGAGGCCACAGUAUACCGGAGAUUCAGUGAUGACAGCACUGGAAAAUUAUCAGCAGCCUCAGCAUUUGGAGGCACUCGUUGCUCACCAGCAGCUACUCGCAGAAUUUCUAGUGGUUCUUUGUUUAUGAAAUCAGAUGCAUUUUCGAAGGAACCUGAGGACACUCCAAAAAGCAACAGACGCCUUCCCAUCAUCAAUCCACUUGUUCGUCUCCCCAUGUGGCCAAAUGUAAGUGGUGCUGGUGUUGUGAGUAAAGUACUUUUGGCAAAUGCUGAUGCUCUUUGUGCUGCUGUUUCACCUUUGAUGGAUCCUGAUGAAACACUUUUGGAAGGUUACUAUGAAAGGUGUGUCAUGAACAACUACUUUGGUAUUGGAAUUGAUGCCAAAAUUUCAUUGGAUUUCCAUCAGAAAAGAGAAGAACAUCCAGAGAAAUGUCGAUCACGAGCUAAGAACUAUAUGUGGUAUGGUGUACUGGGCAGCAAAGAAUGGCUACAGAAAACGUAUAAAAAUUUGGAACAGCGUGUACAGCUUGAAUGUGAUGGCCAAAGAAUUCCUUUACCGUCACUACAGGGUAUAGUUGUACUCAACAUUCCAAGUUUCAUGGGUGGGACCAAUUUUUGGGGUGGGACCAAGGAGGAUGACAUCUUCCUGGCACCAAGUUUUGAUGAUCGUAUUCUGGAAGUUGUAGCUGUAUUUGGUUCAGUUCAGAUGGCAGCCUCACGUCUCAUCAAUUUGCAGCACCAUCGUAUCGCCCAAUGUCAUUCAGUCCAGAUUAACAUAUUAGGUGAUGAAGGUGUACCUGUACAAGUGGAUGGAGAAGCCUGGAUUCAACCUCCUGGGAUGAUACGGAUCAUACAUAAAAACCGAAUGCAAAUGCUGUACCGGAACAGGGCACUGGAAACAUCACUGCGCACAUGGGAAGAAAAACAACGACAGAUGACGCAUUCUCAGUCUGCACACUCACAGACACAGCCUGUCCAUGGACCUGCACAAGCUAUGGGACCGUCUAUCCCCAGUCGCCUCUCACCCUUCAGUCCUCAGGAAAACCAGUUGCUGCUAAGUUUUAUUGAAUCAACUACAACUGUUGUCAAGUAUGUAAAACUGGUAGCAAUCAGUCACCCCAUGAUAGAACCAGAGCUCUAUCAACUUGCUGUACAAGCGUCUACACAUCUUGAGAAAGUGCAUCCUGGUGGUAAAAUUGUUGAAGGACCAAAUCUACGACCUCAAGUCACAGAGCUGGUUUCAAGUGCACGUCAGUUGUAUGAGGAAGCUUGCAGUCUGUUGCGUGAUAAAGCUCAGACAUUGAGAAUCCGAGAGGACCUUGAAGGAAAGUUAAGUGCUGCCUUGGGAAGCCUUGAGAUGGAGCUGAGGCGCUGUGUUACAUAUGAUAGCGCUGGCCUUGUACAUUUCCAACCACUUGUUGAUGACCAGAGUGCAGGUGAACGCAAGAGCCGAUCACGUGGUUUGUUUCGUCUCAAGUUCCGACGGGGUAGCAGUCGAGCAGUACGAGAAGUUUCAGCAUGGGGUGUUGUUGAAGUUGCAGCAUGGCUUGAAGCCCUGGGUCUUGCCGAGUAUGCUGAAAGUUUCACACGCAAUGACAUUCGAGGUCGGGAACUCCUUGCACUUGGACGCAGAGAUUUACGUGAACUUGGAGUAGUUAAAGUUGGACAUGUCAAACGAAUACUUGCUGCCAUAAGGGACCUGAGUUCGUGAUCCAAGAGCGUGUAGGUGGUAACACCUACACGAUCUCUCAGUUGAACCAUAAGAGGCAUAUGGACAAAGGACCUUCUGUGCUCAAACAAAAUUACAGUGAAUGUUAUGAUGUGUCUUUCUCUGGAUGGAAGUUCAGAGUGUGGAAGCUGUCUCAUUUACGCUUAUUACUACUCUGUCUCUCUGUCUGUCUGUCUGUCUGUCUGUCUGUCCGUGUGUGUGUGUGUGUGUGUGUGUGUGUGUGUGUGUGUGUGUGUGCGCGCACGUGUGUGUGUGUGUUUACAUAUUUCUGUGUGCACACGGUAAAUUUGUGUAUGCCUUCUCUCCAGACUAUUUGCAAAAUGCAAUGGAUGGAUGCGUGAAUACUUGUUAUGGCAUUUGUGCCUUUUCUGUCAAUCAGGUGCAUAGAUCUUCGGUUAAAUGCAAAUAGCCUCGUGUCCCUUUGGGUGUGGAACAUCUGUCACUGUGGCAUUGAACAUUUUCAAGAAAACUUUAAUUAUCUUCUUUUAUACUUCAAACAAUGCUUUCUUGUAGAAAUGUUUACAUACUGAGUAAUACAACAUACAUAUUGUUGAGAAAGAGUCAGUAAUCUUUUUGCAGCAAUGAGAGAGAGAAAACAUUGAAACAUUGUAUCUUAUAAGAUUGGCUAAAAUUAUACCAAUGAAGUAUAAAAGAUUUUACUGGUUAGAUCUGAAAAAUUAUUUUAAAAUGAGAUAAGAAAGGAUUUACCUCUGUGCCUAAUACUUCACUUUCACUUUUUAUGAGAUGCUUUACAUCUUCAUUGAAAUUUGCUUAACUACAUUUUGCUAAGCAUAUUAACACAAUGCUCUUCAAUUGCAAUGAAGUCAGUGUUGAAUACAGGAAGUCAAAAGUUUGUACUUUUGCAGUGUGAAGAAUAAUACUCAUCAUAUUUCUAAUAUAAGAUAUCGGUUAUAAUUGUCCAAUAUGUUUGAUGUCUGUUGAGUGGUUAUGUCAAUGGGAAGCUAAGAUGACAUACAUCAUGGUAGAACAGACAAAUCAUACUUCAGUUUAAGAAUGAAGUCUUGAACAGUGAGAGCAAAGUGGUAAGAGAGUGUACUGUUCACAUGGCUGCUAAGAAGGAAAUGAUUAGUUUAAAAGAAGAAAAAGUUAUUGCAUACUCAGUGUGAUAUAUUAUGUACUCUUUACUCAUGGCUUUAUUUCUUCUUCAGUCACAUUAUUUUAUUUAAGCAAGAUACUAGCACUACAUCACAUAGCCUGUUCUCUUCAACAUAGGAAAACAGCAGAAGUAACAUUUCAGUAUCUACUAACUACCCGAUUAAUUUUCUUUCCUGUUGUUAAUACUUUUUUCCAUGGUGCCAUAAGUCCUGAAUUCAACAUUGUACUUUGUAACAUUCCUUAUGUAGUGGCUGCUGCCCUCUGAGUCCUAGUGUCUUCCAUGCCUUACCAGAAAGAGAGCUAUAUGAAGCUCAGAAUAUAGAACCCAUGUGAUUUUUGAUGUACAAAUAUUUUUUCCCUUGUAGUGUAUUGAGUUUAAAUUUGUAAAUAUAGUUACUAAGUAUUCUUUAAUAAGACUCUGGUAAAGACCAUUUCCUAAAGAGAGGUUGUGCAUUUACUGAAAUGGUAAUUGUGUUCUCACUUUUUAUUUUUAGAAACACUGUUAAUGGUUAGUAAAAAUGAAUCAAUAUUAUUGAAUGAGUUGAAUAAUGUGUGUGAUAUUAGGCAUAGGUUUUUAGGUGCUUCGUAUGUCUCAAUAUGCAGUAUCCUUAAAUUCAUAAAAAUCUUGUUUCUCAUACAGCAGGGCAAUUCAGUGUAAUGUCCUGCUUUGUAUCUUUGUACGGGUAAUGUAAAUGCAGUUGAUUUUAAUUUUGUCUAGCUUAAGUUAAGUCACUACUAAACCACAUUCUGCCUGUUUCCUAUAGGAGUACAUCUCCAAAACAGUUUUCAUAAAGACAUAUGUUAGAUUUUUUUUCCUUUUACUGUAAAAUGAUGUGUUUCUGUACUUUUAGACUGGUGUGUUAAAAUGUUGCCUGAUAGUUUCUUAUUAGAUUAGUGUUAUAGAAUUCCUUUUAGAAGAUUUUUUAAACAAACAAUAGUGAGAAAAAAGUCAGGUAUAAGAAAUUUGUGAGUACUUUGUGGUGUAAGCAAGGAUGCUCCACCUUGUGUAAAAGGAUAUAAUAAUAUAUUUAGAAAAUGUAUAUGUAGUACAUAUUCCUUCUGAGCAAUACUAAACUUCAUUAGAAGUUUCAAUAAUUAUUUGGAAAGCUUGUUAUUAUUCUUGUCUGUUGAGCGUUGCAGUAGUACAGAGUUCAGAAAAAUUAUUUUCUACUCCAGAAUUUCAUUACUACUGCUGUUAAAUAAGGAGAUAACGUGUUAUUGUUAUUGGCCACAUUUGUGGUCACUCUAAAUCCGCUAUUGCGGUUACAUAAUCAGUAAUGGCCAUAAAGUCAACACAUUUUCUGAAUUUUUGAUGCAAUUUUAUGCUUCAUUUUGUAUUCACUUUUUAAUCUCAUUUACAAAUGUUGUUUCCACACACUGUAAAGCAGGUAUUGGGGUAUGUUUAUACCUUGUUAUUUACAGGAAAAUUGCAGUUUGUUUGUAUUACACAGCAAAAGAUCGAAUUAUAUGUGAAAACAUUU